AUGCUAACGCGAGCUGCCUCUAAAAAGGCCAAAACAGAGUCUUCCAAGCUACGGCGUCGGCCGCGGACCUACAGCUUCUCACCAGGGCGGAAUGAGUCUAUCGGCAUUGAUCGAAGCGGACGUCAUGGCGAAACAGCUUUUCGAAGCCGCGCGGCUCAGGAUACCGAACAGGUGAUUGCUGCUGGAUGGAAUCGCACCCCGACUUUGCACCCCACGCGCAGGAAAAGUAGCAAAAGAAGAAGAGAGGAUCACGACCGCGAAGCAGAGAUCAAGGCUAUGAGUGUCUACAUGCCAAUCCGGUCUGGCCUCGGCUCCAAUGGGCGUUCCGGCUCAAAGAAGAGCACCAAGAGGGCCAAGACGGGCGGCCUGGGUCGUGAUUUCGAACCGGCUUCACAAAUAUCGCUGUCAUACCCCGACUCUGUCAGAUCAGGAAUGUCUCGGGAUUCGGAGUUUAUAUCGUACAAAAUAACGGCUUUGGAUUCGCUUGCCCCGCGGCCAACUUUGAGGUAUGCGUCGAGCGCGAAAUUGGCAACCCCCCGCGCGACUGUGUCUGUGACUGCGGAACCUAGGAAAAUGUCUCUUGGAGAGACGGUGGCGGCAGACCAAGAUCAUGCGAAUUCACGGAGGCGCAUCAAUGAGCUCGCCGAUGGCCUAGACGCAAAGGACCUGCGCGAACUGAUGGAAAGAGAUAACCGCCGGAGGGAAAGAAAACGCCUUCAGGAACAAGAAGGAAUGGAGCGGCGACUGGCAAGUAGGACAGAACGCCAGCGACGGGAACAGCUCGAGGCUAUAAAAUCCGUAACGCCCCUACCACAGAACCUGGAACGAGGUGUCAUGGGGCGGGAGUUGGCGGGCUUGAGCGCUGAGCCUGCGUCAACUGUUGUCACGUCUUCCAAAAGGAGGGCCCUAGCCAUGCCGCCCACUUCUUCUUGGGGAAGCAUGGAUCGCACGCAGCCAUUGGACCUGUUUCAUCGCCCAGAGACGUCGCCGCAGGAUGAGCAAGCUCCAUCUGACGUAGAACACGCGCAACCGAGAGUUGCCAACCCCGCAGAGCCCAACGAACCCCUCUUGGCUCUGCCUGAAGGGUCCGAACUUGACGGUCUCGCACGGUCGAAAAACUCAAGGUCCAAAUCCACCCUCGGCUCUGAUAAAAGCCGUCCGGCCGACGAAGAAUGCGGCAGGAAGAAUUCUGAAUCCAGCCACAAGAUAGGCAGCCGACUGUCGUUAUCCUCGUUGCUCAAGUGGGGGAGCAAGGGCAAGCGACAUUCCGGCCCGUCGUCCUUCUCAAACGCAUCACGAGAGGAGAUGCACGUCGGAGCAACACCCUCCAAACCGGCCCAGGCAGAGGCUCUGGCAAGAUUACAGGGCGAGGACAUGUCCAUCCCAACCAAUCAUCUGACUGGCAGGCCAGCAUCGUCAGUGCCAAAACGAACCAAAUCUAGAUUUCGGGAAGACUUGCCAGAAUUUCCCAUCUCACCACCAGAUUCGAGAGUGCAAUCGCCCGAGGACGACUUUCCUCUCCCCAGACUCCCCGAGAAGCCUCUGGAUGUGGACUUGCGACCGACGCCUCCAUCUCGACAUGAUACCCCACCCUGCACAGAGCGAUCCAAAGGAACACAAUCUGCCGAGCCGCACCUGUCCAUGUCGCUCGCAUCCAUCGACUCGGAAGGUUCCUGGCUCUCGGGGCGCGUCGGUAGCUCGAAGACGACAAUGAAGCAGGAGAGUUGCAUGCGAGCGAAUCGGCGCGAGUACGCUCAUCCAUCAGAUUCCCCGACAAGUCUCGCUCGGGAGGAGCUUGCCAUGACCGACGACGAGUACUCGUCACGCUUCAUGUUGGACAGAAACUCGGGUGUCUUGACGAGCGGGCGACGUUCAGGUGAAUACUGUCCGAGCAUUGACGAAGAGGAUAUCAGCACAGCAGAAAAGGCGAAAUGGGGACAGGUUGGCGCGAGGCCCGAGGUUGUUCAGUUUCACAAUCACGACAGAGACACCAUGCACAGCCGGCAGGGACUUGUGAACAUUGACUCAGAAGACGAGGAAGACGCAGAUAUGCUCGUGCCUAACUGCCUCACACUAAGAAAUAGUUGA